UAGCGCGUGCUAUAACCGGAGCCGCGAGCGCUUCCAGCUGGACGUUUGCUUUUCUCCCUUCCUCGUCAUGAGGAGCCUGACGGUCCGGCUGCUGUGGGCUCUGGCAGGACUCCUGAUGGUGCUUUCUCCUGGGAAAAGUAGCAUUGAGCCUCAGUGUAAUUUGUACUCCCUACCUGGAUGCCCAAGGAACUUUAAUCCAGUUUGCGGAACUGAUGGAGAAACAUAUGCAAAUGAAUGUAUGCUUUGUAUGACAAACAGAGAACAUGAUAAAGACAUACAAAUUGCCUAUAAGAGUUCCUGUUCAUGAGAGGAGGUUCAAGGAACAGAAAAGGGAAACCCAUAACCUGCGAAGAAGUUGAAACCAUACUUUAAAUGUGCCUUUUAAGCUGCUAAAAUAAAUGCAAGCUUACUUGCUUUUAUCCAA